CACCCCGCUACAUUAAACUUCCGGAAGUAAACAAUGGGAAGUUAGAUUUGGAAGAAAACGUGUUUUUUUCCUUUUUAAAUGUAAAGGAAUCACUCCAUCACGGUCCUUGUUGGUUUGGCAGAAUGACAGGCUUGCAGAUUCAAUUUUGAAGAAAGUGGUCAAGUUGGAGGAUCAAGAUCAGAAUUUUAAAAAUAUCUGUCUAUACCAAGAUGGUGGAACAGAUGCCUUUUGUAAAGUUUUUGGAUUCAGAAUGGGAUCCACAGUCCAGAGGAUUUACUUAUAAACGUAACACAGGCAAUCAAAAUCCUCCAGCUCCAAGCCACGCAAUCUCUAUUACCAACACCAAUAUGGAUUUACACCCUCAUAAAUCUAGCACCAAUACCUCACCAAUCACACUGUACAAAUGUCAAGUCUGUAGAAGAGCAUACAUGAGACAGUCCACACUAGAGAAGCAUGAACGCACCCAUCCAGAACUGUCUGGAGAGGUGAAGAAUAACAAGGGACCUUCACCAAAACUCAAAUCAAAGCCAGGAUCAGGUCAUAGAGAUGAACAAACUCACCAAGAACAGGCUGGAGGGGUGAAGAAUAACAAGGGACCUUCACCAAAGCCCAAAUCAAAGCCAGGAUCAGGUCAAAGAGAUGAACAAACUCACCCAGAGCUGGCUGGAGAGAUGAAGAAUAACAAGGGACCUUCACCAAAGCCCAAAUCAAAGCCAGAAUUAGGUCAUAGAGAGGAUAUUCAGGAAGUCCCAGUAAGAGAUGCAAGACCUUCAUCUGGGGACAGAUCAGAAGAUAAAGCAACUUUAAAGAAUCAAGAAGAAGGUUUGAAUGGCAAGGCCACUUUGACAGAAAAAUCCAGAUCACUGUCAAAAUCGAGUCAUGGAAAUGGGGUUCAAGAUUAUACAAUUAAUACAAUCCUUUACAAUGAGUCUCAAUCAUCAACAAUAUCCUGUAACAAUGAACAAGUUCAAGAAGAUUUUACCAGGAUUACAGACACGUCAAAAUCCAAACAAAAACCACAAUCCUGUCCAGAGGCUCAGGUUGAAGCAGUAAAUAGAAACACAACAUCUGCAAAGGCAUCCAAAUCAAAGCCAAAAGUACAACACAGGAAAAAAGUUGAAAAAGUGAAAAAUAAUGAUAAAUCUACAACUAAAUCAAUGUCAAGUACAACUCAAAACUCAAACUCAAACACCAGAAUUUCUCAACCUGCCACCAAUUUUGAGAACAUAACAGAAAAACAGUCAGGACUUGAUUAUUUGAAUCCAGAAAUUGAAAGGAAAGUUCGAUCUGCUGUUAUAGAAAAUUGCAGUUUUGAUCAAGAUACAGAAAAGUGUGGUUUCCAGGAGUCUAAUAAGACAGUAAUGGAAUGGUGCUCAGCUGGAACAAACUCUAACAUGUUUGACCUUUCUCAGAAAAAAUUCAAAGCAUUCAUAAACCCUCCUGGAGAAAAUGUAGAGAUUGAACAUGAACAACUGGAUGAUGUUCAGAGUCAGGUGACUAACAUCUUGAACUUCUUAAAUAGUGAGGAAGAGGUCAAUAAUGAAAAAAGUGCAGAGUAUGAAUCUGCCACUGUCAUACCUGAAAAAAAACUGGAUGCAAAUCCACAGAAAAAUGGCUCUCAAGAAGUACAGAUAGAUUCUGACAGAGAUGAUGAAUCCGAUGGAUUGGAAGAGAUGGAAGAUUUUACUGAAGAGGAGCAGGAUGUUCCUCAGAAAGAGGAGGAUGUUUCAGAAAAUAAAAAUGAUGUAUCUGGAAAGGUAGAAGAUUCAGAUGAAGAAAAGGUAGACGUUUAUGAAGAUAAGGAAGAUAUAGGUAAAGAAAAAGAAGAUGCAGAUGAAAAGACGACUUCUGGAAGAAGCAUUCUAAAAGUGAAAAUAACAAAAAAACCAAAAGAAAGCAUUUCAAAAGAAGUGAUGGAAAAUUUCGGAAGCACUAUAUCAAAGAAGAAAGUGCCAGUGAUAAAGCUGACAAGAAUUUCAAAGGAGAAGUUGCUAGAGGAGUAUGAAAGGAGUAUUUCAAAGAGGAGCACAGCAAGGGAAGUGUUUUCAAGGUCGGCAAAUUCAAAGAUUGAUUUCAUGGAGAAAGAUGGAGAUUUAAAAAGGUGUUCCUCUGAAGAUGUAAGGAAGGAAUCAAGUUCUAGGGAGGAUUGUACACCAAUGGAAAUGAAUUCAAAAACCGCUGAUUCAAAGACAGAUGUCAUGGAGAAAGAUGGUGAGUUUAAGAGCUGUUCCUCUGAAGAUGAUUCACAGAAUGAUGAUGUAAGUGAUAGUUAUGGAUCUGAUUACAUGGAAUCCAAUAAAGAAGAUACGAAAGAUGAGAGUUCCGAGUCCAAAAAUGUAACUGCCGAUAAAGCAUUUCAUUGCUUUCUGUGUGGUGAAAAGUUUUCGACUAAAGGUAAAAUGAAAUAUCACCGACGACUGCACAAAUUCCCACUAUGGCCAUUGAGUUUUGGGAAAGGUGCAGGUUGUGAUGAGUGUGGAAAAAUGAUUAAGUCUAGAUCUGCCCUUCAUUCUCAUAAGAAAACGCACUUGGCUAAUGCCAAAAGCGUGAAAUGCAGAGUUUGCAAAAAGACUUUUUCUGAAGCUCUCCAAUUACGCCAGCAUGUAUGUAACAAGGAAGAAAUUGUAAAACACAUUUGUGAGUUAUGUGGAUCUUUAUUCAACAGAAGGAGUUGCUUGAAUGAACAUAUGUUAAGGGAACAUGAUGAUAGAACAUUUGAUUGUGAACAUUGUGGAAAAUCUUUUAAGCAUCCAUCUAAUUUACGAAAACAUGUUAAGAUCCACACAGAAGAAAAAUCCUUUGUCUGUGAUGUCUGUGGACAAAGUUUUACAUUCUCCGGCACACUGCAUCGCCACAUGAAGGUACAUUCAGAUAGUAAACCCUUCGAAUGCAUCACGUGUGGAAAGUUCUAUCGUACGAGAUACAACUUAAACAGUCACAUGCUCACUCAUACAAAAGAGAAGCCAUUCAGAUGUGACCUGUGCCCAGAAGCCUUUAAUCAUAAGAUCUCCCUCCAGUUACAUGUGAGAAAGAGUCAUCACUAUGACCUAGAUUAAUAUGUGACAUGACCUAGUUUAAUAUGUGACAUACUCAUGUAGCUUCUCUUUUACAGCUUUUCUUGUUGUUUCAAUUUAUUAAUUAUAUCUGAAAAUGCCAAGCAAGAUAGAUACAGUUUUUCAGCUGUAAGAAUUAAUGAUUUCACAAUGGAAUUUCAUUUUGUACAAAUAAACUCUAUAGGGAGAUUAAGAAAUGAAUAUCCAUCUAGGAUUAAAAUUGGAUCAAUCUCGAUGAAUCCUUGUCAUCUUAUUGAACUUUGUUUUUGUAUAAAGUUAAAGGACAUUUGUGCAGAUGAUGGUCCACUUGGUAAUUGAUGGAACUAUACUAAAUAUCCAUUUAAAAAAGAAUGAAAUGAGUGAAAGGGUAUACUAUGUUAAAUACAUCCCUGAGAUAUUGUGAAAAUAACGCUUGGAGAUGCAGAUAAUGAUAUUUUUUAAAAGGCAUGUUUAUAGGAAGCUUUUAAUUUUACUUUUCAUUCCAUACAAAACAGUAAGAUUUUGUUAUCAUAUCCUUGUCUUUUUUUAUGAAAAUAAAAUAAAAUGAAAUAAUGA